AUGACCUUUCGUCAGGCCGGCACUACAGAAGGCCCUGCUGCAUCUCGUGAGGGUGCAAUAGAUUCCCUGAUGGUAUCAGUGAGUGGAGUGAAGUGGGAUGACAUAGUAGGCUUAGAGGAGCCGAAGAGGCACCUUAUGGAGAUGAUCAUCAUGCCUAGUCUCAACCCUACGCUCUUCACCGGCCUCCGAGCGCCUCCACUGGGCCUCCUCCUCUUUGGGCCGCCAGGUAACGGCAAGACCUACUUGGCGAAGGCAGUGGCCAGUCAGUGCAAAGAUGCCGCCUUCUUCAGCGUUAGCGCAUCGGCCUUAACCUCCCGAUGGCAUGGUGAAGACGAGAAGAUGGUCCGAGACCUCUUUACGGUAGCGAGGGCUCGUGCACCGAGUGUAAUAUUCAUGGAUGAGGUCGACUCGAUACUGGGCAAACGUGGCGGUAAUGACCACGAGGCGACACGCCGGCUGAAGACGGAGAUGCUGAUUCAACUUGAUGGUAUACACCAGGACGCUGAGAAGGGCAGAGUAGUGGUAUUGGCUGCGACUAACCGUCCAAUGGAUUUGGACGAAGCGGUUCUGCGGCGGUUUCCUAAGCGUAUAUAUGUGCCUCUGCCGGAGCCAGACACCCGAGCUGCAGUAAUUACAGUCAUCCUUGAGAGAGGAGUUGGUCUCCUGUCAGAAAUCGUAGCUGCUACUGAAAACUACAGCCAUUCGGAUCUCAAUCAGCUGUGUCGGGAAGCUGCUAUGUCUAGCAUGAGGAGCUUGAAUAUGGAUAAGAUGCGGACGAUGAAGCCAGAGGAUCUCCCCCCAUUGAAGUACGAGCAUUUCGUCGAGGCUCUGAAGGUCAUUCGACCGUCUAGCACUGGGGAGAACGUAGCUGCAUUGGUUGAGUGGAAUCGGCAGCAUGGUAUGGUUUGA